AUGGAGGUGGAAGAUUUGAAUGUGUUGGGUAGAAGGUUUUCUUGGUACCAUCCGAACGGAAGAUCUAUGAGUCGUAUUGAUAGGGUUCUUAUUUCUGAAGAAUGGGGUCUUUUAUGGGGAGAUUCCUCGCUUUGGGUGCUCCCUAGAGAUGUUUCGGAUCAUUGUCCGCUUAUUUUGCAACAUGGAGGUUGGGAUUGGGGUCCGCGUCCUUUCCGAUUUAAUAAUUUUUGGUUGGAAAAUCGGGCCUUCAAAGGGGUGGUGGAGGAGGCUUGGAGGGAUCAUCCAUUUAAUGGGUGGAUGAGUAUUGUGCUUAAGGAAAAGCUUAAAAGGUUGAAAUUUAUUAUUAAGGAGUGGCAUAAAGGUGAAUAUGGUGAUAUGGAGACUAAAAAUGAGAAGUUGGUCGAAGAUAUUAGUGUGUUUGAUGUUAGAGGGGAGGAGGUAGGUUUGAAUGGGGAAGAGAUUCAACAUCGUAAAGCUUUGUUUGGGGAUUUAUGGAGAAUUUUAAAGGCAAAGGAUGCUAAUAUGGUGCAAAGGGCAAGAUCAAGAUGGAUUAAGAAUGGUGAUGCAAAUUCAAAUUAUUUUCAUAAGUGUGUGAAGUUGAGACAUAGUCGGAAUGCUAUCAAGGCUUUAAGGUUGGGAGAGGAGUGCGUGCAAUCCCCAACGGAUGAUAAUGUUAGUUUGGUGGCCCCUUUUUCGCUUGAGGAGAUCGAAGGGGAUUUGGAGAGUUGUGAUGGGGAUAAGAGUCUGGGCCCGGAUGGUUUCAACUUUGCUUUUGUGAAAAAGUUUUGGUAUUUGAUUAAGGGAGAGGUGCGGAUUAUGUUCGACCAAUUUGAUGGGAAGGAGAUGCUUCCUAGAGGUUGUCUUUAUAAACUUUUGGCGAAGGUUCUCGCUACGAGUUUGGCAAAGGUUAUGAAUCCUAUUAAUGAAAUUGUUAAUUUUGCGAGGAAGUCUAAGUUGGAAUGUUUGAUUCUUAAGGUGGAUUUCGAGAAGGCUUAUGAUUCGGAGGAUGGUAAGGUAUAUUCUCAUCUUCAAUAUGCCGAUGAUACUAUUUGCGUGGGGAAAGUCAUGGUGGAGAAUUUGUGGACUUUGAAAGCUUUGCUAAGAGGCUUUGAGAUGGCAUCCGGAUUGAAGUACUUGGGUUUGCCGGUAGGUGGGAACCCGGGUAGAAUUGUGAUGUGGGAUCCUUUAUUAGAUCAAUUUUCUAAGAGGUUGUGCUCUUGGGGGAACAAAUAUCUUAUUUUUGGAGGUCGUAUUGUCCUCCUAAAUUCCGUUUUGAAUGCAAUUCCGAUUUUUUACCUAUCUUUUUUAAAAAUGCCGGUGAGUGUAGCGAAAAAGGUAGUUAAAAUUCAAUGGGAAUUUCUUUGGGGAGGUACGAAGGGAGGGAGGAAGACUAAUUGGGUUAGUUGGAAGGUGGUGUGUUGUCCAAAGGAAUAUGGUGGCCUUGGACUUAGAGAUGUUAGUCUCACAAAUUUGUGUCUUCUGGGAAAGUGGAAAUGGCGGUUAUUGCUAGGUGACAAUGCUCUUUGGAAGGAGGUGCUAGUGGAGAGGUACAGUAAUAUAGUGGAAGAAAUCUUGGAGGGUGGUGUUAGUAGGUGGCUGAGUAAUGCCUCAAGGUGGUGGAAGGACUUAGUUUCACUAGCCAAAGGCGAAGAGGUAGAUUGGUUUAAUGAGGAGGUGGUGAGAAGUGUUGGUAAGGGGGUCACGACGAGCUUUUGGAGGGUGGCAUAUGGAGAGGGGAUGUGCCUUUUAGGGAAAGAUUUCAUAGACUCUUUUCUAUCUUGUUGCGAAUUCGAUGAAAAAUCACACCAAUAA